UAUAUAUCCAUGGCUUCGAAAGCUUGUAUUCUUUUGUUCUUGUUGUUGGCUGCUUGCUUUCUAAUCUCCGAUGGCGCUUCCAGGGUCCGACUCUCAACAACCAACUCAUCACCGCUCCCUUCCAUAGUUUCGGAUAGGGUUGACGGUGUCCUUCAGGCCGAAAGCGACUUCUCCCCGCCAGCACCAGUGGCCUUGAUUGCUACGGCCAAAAACGGC